UUUUAUUAGUUUGUAACCGUUCUUUGACUCAGCACCACAGCUUUUUCCUCGCGUGCUUAUCAAUAACAUUUCGAUAAACAAAGUCCAACAGAUGAGUGGCAAAGUAGUGAAGCUCAUGCGCGCUUUGGCGCCAUUCGGCUAGAUGGCGAGUCGAAAACUGCUUAAAGUCGCCGCGAUCGUCGCUUUCUUGUACUGCACCCUUUUGGUGUACCAGGGCGGUGUCUCUAACUUCCAAGAACCUCGAGUGCAAUUGCAGGAGCUGACUAUAGACCCAGUGACUAAAACUAGUGUUAUUAGUAAUGACAGUGAUACAACAAUAAAUAUAACAUUGGAUGAUUUGUUUAUAAGUGUUAAAACUACAAGAUAUUAUGAAAACUCGAGACUGCCAAUCAUUUUGAAGACAUGGUUUCAGUUGGCAAAAAACCAGACAUGGUUUUUCACCGACGUAGAAAAUCCAGUUCAUCAAAACCAAACAAACGGCCACAUGGUGAACACCAAAUGCUCUGCGUCUCACUCCAGAAAUGCACUGUGCUGCAAAAUGGCGGCUGAAUAUGACCGCUACUUAGAAACUAAUAAAAAAUGGUUCUGUCACUUCGACGACGACAACUACGUAAACGUACCUCGCCUAGUCGAAGUCCUCCAAAGGUACGACUAUAAAGAGGACUGGUACCUUGGCCGGACCUCGGUCUAUAAGCCAGUAAGGAUAUAUACCAAGUCCAAGAAGAAUAAAAAAGCGAAGUUAAAAUAUUCGUUUUGGUUCGGCACGGGCGGUGCUGGAGUAUGCUUGAGCCGAAGUCUGGCAUUAAAAAUGGUGCCUUUUGCAAGUGGUGGGAGGUUCAUCAGUUUUUGUGAUAACGUUCGGUUUCCUGACGACGUAUCCCUUGGAUAUCUAAUAGAAAACAUAAUUCAUAUAAAUCUGACGGUGAUACCCGAGUUCCACUCACACCUGGAGCAACUAAAGCUCUUGGAAACGGAGAGCUUGAAGGAACAAGUGUCCUUCGGUUACAUCAGAACCAAGAACGACUGGAACGUUGUCAACGUGCCGGGUUUUGACAAGUUGUACGAUCCUACUAGGUUCCUGUCUCUGCAUUGUUUCCUGUUCCCGCAUUUCAAGUUCUGUCCGAGAUAGCCAGUGUUACACCUCUGUGUGGAAAGCUAGUUUAUCUUAUUUAUCUCUGGUUGCCUAAAAUAGUUUUAAUUUAUUUUUUUGUUUUCAAUUUUUUUCUAAGUACAUUUAUAUUUGAAAUAUAUCGUGCCAUGUACAGUCAACAACACAGCUGUGAAUACAGGCAAAGUGCUAAAAAUAUGUAUACAGAACUUUAUUGCCUGUACAUUAAUUCACAGCUGUGUUGUUGACUGUACGAUGACGCGCAGAUGUUUCAAACCUUACCUUUAACAGUAUGAAAUUGUGAACUAGAGCACGCGUUAAGUGAAUGACAAGAUCUUAUACAUAAUUAUUUAUCAUGCCAUUUAAAUCA